UCCAAAAAUCUCAUUAUUUACAUGACUACCUGCAUUUCCGUUCAUUGCGUAACAUCCGACAUUCAGAGUGAAUACUUCCUGCCUGCCAGCUCAAAAAUGGCGUCCUGUUUUGAGGUAUCUGCGUCGGUCAGUGAUGAACAGACCGAAAGUGCUGCAUCUCAGAAAAGAGAGGAGAGACUGCGAAAAUUCCGGGAACUGCAUCUCAAAAGGAAUGAAGCACGCAAUCUCAAUCACAAGGAGGUUGUGGAGGAGGACAAAAGACUGAAGCUACCAACUAACUGGGAGGCAAAGAAAGCCCGUCUGGAGUGGGAACUAAUGACUGAUGAAAAGAAAAAGGAGUGUGCGGCCAAAGGGGAGGACUAUGACCGGGUGAAACUGCUAGAGAUCGGUGCUGAGGAUGCUGAGCGGUGGGAGAGAAAGAAGAAGAAGAAGAACCCUGACCCAGGAUUCUCAGGUUACGCGGAGGCCCAGCUGCGACAGUACCAGCGCCUCACCAAACAGAUCAAACCAGACAUGGACGGCUAUGAGAGGCAGCGAGAGCAGUGUGGUGAGGACUUCCACCCCACAUCCAACAGUCUGAUCCAUGGGACCCACGUCCCAUCCAAGGAGGGCAUCGACCGCAUGGUGGAGGAUGUGGAGAAACAGAUUGAGAAGCGGGCCAAAUACAGCCGGCGCAGGGCCUAUAACGAUGACGCAGACAUCGACUACAUCAAUGAGAGGAACGCCAAGUUCAACAAGAAGGCAGAGCGGUUCUAUGGCAAAUACACAGCCGAGAUCAAGCAGAAUCUGGAGAGAGGCACAGCUGUCUAACUGGACUGGUCAAUCAAAUGGACGCUACCAUUUCCAAUGCUUUGUUGUAACUGAAGGCCAUAAUUAGUCACUGUGGUUACACGACCGGCCAUGUACAUAGAAUCCCCAUUUCAGUUGGUCACAAUGCUUACGUAUCUGAGAUCUAAAUUUGUAUUUUGACGCUGACAUUUUUUUAGAGGCAUUUUCUAACAAAUUUUACUGUAUUGUUUCUAUAACACUGUGAAUCAGGUGUAAUGGCUAACUUUUGAGUACAUCCUGAAUAAUCUUGUAAUGCUAUUUAUGCCUUUCUGCCAAUGUUUAUCGUGUGUGUAUGAACACGCAUUUUUUUUUAAAGCGUCUUCUUUUUUUUUUAAACUAAAGUUUUUGUAAUAUAGCUGAUUUGUAGGUCUUACCCUCAGAUUGCAGCAUGCAGGUUGGGUUGGGUUGGGUUGGGUUGGGGGUGGCUUAACGUGAGAAUGAAAUGCUAUCAUUCACCUUAAGGCUACACUGUGUUUAUUAGUUAUGCCAGCAGAAGAAUGUGCUAGUGUAGGUGCACGAGGGGAUAAACAAAUUAAACAAUUUCAUCGUUAUCACUCAUCUCUGUUAAGCCAACUGCCCCCAAGCAGAAUAUGAGCUAGGAGAGGCUUGUGACCUAAAUUGAGAUCAAAGACAGUCAACAGAUUCACAUGCUAUAUUCAGUUUCUCAUUCUGUAUCAAUGCACACUAUGGGUUAUUCAAAAAUACGAUGUGGGGGUCCUAUAAACACGAAUAGAAUUUGAUCCUCAUCCUUCGUAAUUUGAAUCAGACAUCUGUGUAAUGUUUCGUUGGACUUAAUGAAUCUGUUUUGAAUAAGCCUCAUGGGAUAUGGUAAUACGAUGGGGAAGAGGGGUUUCAAAGGUUGGCGUGCUUGAAAAGUUGUUUAUGAUUUCUUGGUAGAUGAGGACGGAGUGUGGGGAGUAUACACCCUAGUCGAAAAAUCCUAUAGGAUUUUGUGUCGCCUGUAUCAGAAUCCUAUUGGAAUUCUAUUUGACUAAUUAUUUCCUAUUGGGAAUCAAAAGUAAUUCGAUUGAAUCCUAUAGAUUUUUGAUUCGUUUCCUAGGAUUUUGUUACCCCAAUCAGAAUGCUAUUAUAGCAUUUUUCUCAAAUGAACCCAUUAAAUUAUAAUUUGUCAUUGGUUCCAGUACAAUACAAAAGCAUUAAUUACUACAUUUCCAUUGAUCAGUUCUAUGUCGUUUUUGAGUGAUGAUGACGUCAUAACUAACGUGAGCUUGCAGUGUUAAUUAUCGUAACACCCAAGCUUAGCUCGCCAACUGUGGCUGUGCAGAGAAUCUCCGGUUUUCUAACAUUAUUAUUCUAACUAUUUUAUCAUUCACUGUGCGUGAAUGCAAACACUGAGUACAGUAUUUGUUUCCUGACGAAGUUUGAAACGUUUUAAUCACAUUUUUGUAACUGCAGCAUUUUAUCCACUCGUUUUUAUGCUAGCUAAGAAACUAUUUUGCCUGUCAGCUGACUUGCUCGCUAGCUUUUGUAACUAUUUGUAUGUGGUUUUUGAGUCACUGUAUUGUUAUAGCAGAUACGUUUUUUCUAGUUUGUUAUUUCUAAAUGUUUGUGCCCUUUUAUAGGCAAGACUGCGCCAUUUUCACGGUUUCUGGUAGAUCCCAUGUAGAAAAAUCCUAUCAAAUUUUGGAACCAGUCAUAUUGGACUCCUAUUGGAUAAAAUCCUACAGGAUGUAAGGUCUAGGAUAGGUUCCAAAAUAUGAUUUUCUACUGGGUUUUUAUAUUUAUUGGAAUCCUUUUGGGUUAUUUGACUAGGGCAAUCACUUCUUUGGCAUUUGAUUCUACUUUGCAGAGUAUUUGGGACCUGGUUUGGUUCUCAGGUGAGGGUUGUUUCUUUUGGAUUAUCCUCUGAUCAGCCUGAGGAUAUUGGCAGAAGAUGUAAAGCAGGGGUGUCAAACUCGUUUCAUGGAGGGCCUAGUGUCUGGUUUUUGUUUUUUCCUUUCAAUUAAGAACUAGACUACCAGGUGAUGGGAGUUCCUUACUAAUAAGUGAUCUUAAUUCAUCAAUCACGUACAAGGGAGGAGAGAACCCGCAGACACUCGCCCUCUGUGGAAUGAGUGACACGUGAUGUAAAGGAAAUAAAUACAAAACAUUAAAUAACCAGCUUACAUUUAAGGCUAUAAAACUAUGAUAGUGCUUUGUGUUUUAGCCUCAUGGAGAGCCAACUUUGGCAGUUAUCUUUAGUGGUCUUAAAUGGGCCGUACCAUACAUUUUAUAAGUAUUUCCUCUCCCUUUUCACUAUUGGGCCUAUCCACAAUCAUGUGCCUGAUGAGCAGGCAAUGACCCACAGAUACCAUGUCAUGUUUUUCCAUCAGAGAGAUCACAUGAAAGAGCUUUUUCCCAGUACAAUGAGAAUGUGAUAGGUUAGCCAAACGGCUGUUGUUGGAAGUUAUUCUCUUUGAAUAUUGAUUAGAUAAGAGCAUGUAUCAAUUGGAAAUCUGUUACACAGUGAUAACUCUUGUUAAUACCCCUAUAUGGUAUAGGGCUAGGUGUUUUUGAAAAAUCUAAUUCAUGUGAUUUACCCAAAUAGAUGCUUGGUAUCCCUAGUAGGACACAUUUAAAUAUCAAAUAAAGUUUGCCUGCAAGGGGAGACUUUUAGCAUUUUUCUCACGACAAACUGAAAAGGCAUUCUGUGUUCCACACACAAUGUAAUCCUUUAU